AUGUGGGUAGUGAAGAAUUCUUCGUACGCAGCAUCCAUCUGCUACAGCAUUGCAAGCUUCUCGACCAAGCUGGCUCUGCUCCUCUUGCUAGUUCGUGUUUUCAAGCAAUUUCGCAAAACAACUGUGUUUCUCUGGGCGACGAUAACCUUUCAGGUCGCAUUCUGCAUCGCCAUCACUGUCGUCAAGAUUGUCAUUUGCCUGCCGAUUCAGGGUGUCUGGGACCUGUCCAUACCGUCGAAGUGCCUCGACAGGCAGGCCAGCUUCAUUGCCGAUACAGCCGUGGCCUCGGUUUCGGACCUCGUCAUACUCUUCCCACCCAUCAUUCUGACGUGGUCCCUCACCUUCUCCACGAUGAAGAAGAUCAGGAUCAUGUUGAUGCUUGGUGCCGGGGGCCUGGCCACUGCAACAAGCUUCGCCAGGCUGGGACUUCUGCUCCAGAAAAACAGCUUCGAUGACGCUACGCUGAACUUCACGAAAUUCAAUCUUCUGGGGUAA